AUGACAUUUUUUCUUACAACGACAGUUAAAUGUGAUGGUUUCUUUUACAUGCAAAGAAUACCAUCGUCGUGCAUUGAAAUUACCGUAAAGCUAGGUGCUAAUGAAAGUAUGUCUGACAAUUGUUUGACCUAUGAUUGGAACCAGAUCACCAAUUUGACUACAAAUUAUACGACCUAUAUUGACCCUAAUACAAAUCAAACAUAUUAUGCCAGAAUUGGUGCAUUAACUGUAUUGGGUACACUGAAUAAUUAUAGUUUAAACUACGUAUGCCCACCUAUGGGAUACAAUGGUGUAGGAUUGGGUUGUCAAACUCAAGCAAAUACACAAUUGGUAGUAUUACAAGUCAAUGCUUUAGAUGAAAAAUUAUAUGUUAUCGACGUUAUUCUACCGGGUGUUCCUUUCCCAUCUUCAGACCAGUUACAGGAAAAUCAACCACCAUUUGGUACAGCUCGCAUAACCUUUACUUCUGGUAUUGCAAUUCAGCCGUCUGGGUAUUUUCAAAUCUGUAAAACUAUAGCAAGUCAGCUGUGCCCAAAUCAAGACUAUAUAUCUCACAAACUUCCUCAUCCACUACCAAGUAAUUAUGGAUAUGGUAUCUUUGGUAUUCAAGCAUUCAAUUUAAUUACAGAUUCGACAUGGAUCAUGGAUGAUUCGAGUCAACUACUUAUUGUUACUGCAGGUACCAAUUACUAUUAUUUCAACGCAACUGGAUUCUUCUUUUAUGAUUCCAGUUCAAAAACGUGCACCUGGUCAAAAACUUGCAACUAUCAAUGUGAAGUUUAUAAUUACGAUUCUCGUUUCUUGGAUUAUGCUGGUGAAUGGGUGAUCAUGAAUAAAUGGGGAAAUCCACAGAUGAAACCAAUAAGUACCCAAGUAUGGAUUGGAAAUGCAAUAGAUGCUGCCGGUAUCUUUCCCAUUGUCAUGUAUACUGAUAAGGCGACUGGUCAUUACCUAGGCUUAGAUAAACUUGAUCCAAUUCCAGCGCCUAAAAUGGGUGCCACUUAUUGGUACACCGAACAUGGUAAUACAAUACCAAAGAUUAGCAUUACAGGUUUCAAUCCCAGCGUUGUGGAAGCUGCUUGCGUCGGAAAACUCAACGAUUGGACUGGCUUUUCGAGCAGCUUUGGAAAGCGUAUUACGCCUGCUGAUUUCUCAAUUGUACUUGUUGUUGGUGGUGUUUUAAAUACUUUUCAAGUAUGGAUGCAAAAGCGCCGUGAAGAAUUCAUCCUAAUUGGAUGA